AUGCACUAUCCAAAUAGAGUGCGUAGCGAGAGUGUCCGGAGCGAAAAUGAUAUUAUAAGGCAGGGCACUGUGAACAAUGAAGCGCUCGCGCAUCGUGUAACCGAUGAGGUGACGUCACGGCGCAGUGUUAUACCGGCGGCGGCGGUUGAUUUGAAUGAAAGUGGUUUGCAGAAUGAUAGUGAAGGGGAGUGGGUUCGUAUAGUGAGGCGUCGAGGAACACGUACAUCGCGUUUCAAAGGAACUGGAAUUAGAGCAUAUGAGGAGUACAUUGGAAGAGGCGAUUGUGGAAACGCGCAGUACGCCUCUCGAAAAUCGACCGCGACUUCCCCGCAUAGCCCUAAGCAAGCGGAAUCGGGCUGUCGUGAGGGCUCUGAACCCAAUGCUGGUGACCUAUUUGGAAGCCAGCCGGGACCUUUGCGAGACGGACUCAAUUUUUUUGGCGCCGCGCUGGCAGUCUGCCGUAUCAUAGACGCCAAGGUUUCCACGGCUGGACGCGCUACUGGCCAUAGUAGCGCUAUCCCAGCAUGGAGAAGAAGAAUUGUGGAACGUAUCGCAAAGGCUAGAGCUCUCAUCGGCAGACUGAUAUGCUUCAGAUCAGGCAACAACAGGCCAAGAAUUGUGCGCACCGUCAGGAUGGCGUUUGCUGGGACAAAUGUCAGUUUGUCCCAGCCGGAUAUAACGCAAAAACUGACGGAGCGCAUAGAUGAUCUGAAGCAGAGAAUCGCUGCUUGGGGAAAGCGGAUUCGGCGAUAUACCGAGAGGUCGACACGGUUCAACCAGAAUCGUCUCUUCCAGAGUGAUCAGAAGAGGCUCUAUGAAUCAUUGGAGCGACCAAUGGUAAGUGGAACGGGUCCAGCACCAAAUCAGGCCGACACUGUAGCAUUCUGGCGCGGCCUGUGGUUAGAGCCCGUAAACCACAGCGAGGGCCCUUGGACGGAAGUUGUGGCGAGUCAGUGUGCGGGUAUUACGCCCAUGGACCCCGUCAUCAUAACGCCGGAUGACGUAGCUGAGGCGGUCCGUAGGGCCCCGAACUGGAAAAGUCCGGGGUUUGACGGGCUGCAUCACUACUGGCUGAAGGGGUUCAUGGUGUGUCACUCUGUGCUUGCCCGACAGUUUCAAGAGGCUCUCAACCAGAAGUCGCUCCCAAGCCUCUUCACUACUGGGAUCACUCAUUUGGUUCCUAAAGACCAGGGUACCACAGACCCGAGCAAAUACCGCCCCAUCACGUGUCCCACGUCGUAUUUAGUUAUUAUUAUUAUUAUUAAAAUGCCAUUACUGACUAAAUAA